UGAAUUAAAAGAAAUUAGAAAUCCAGGAACUUGAACUGAAACAAGACGCGGCGGGGAGGACCGAAGAGUCGAAUAAUAAACCCUCUUUAAACUAGCUUGAAUGUUUGGCACGCGGAACCGAAGGAGAUAACAUGUUAAUAAAGGAAUUUCGAGUCGUCUUGCCCAUUUCUGUUGAAGAGUACCAGGUGGGUCAGCUGUUCUCUGUAGCAGAGGCUAGUAAGAAUGAGACAGGAGGUGGAGAUGGGGUGGAGGUCCUGAAAAACGAGCCCUACGAGAAGGAGGAUGGAGAGAAAGGACAGUACACGCACAAGAUCUACCGCUUGCAGAGUAAAGUGCCAACUUUUGUACGGUUACUGGCCCCUUCAUCUGCUCUGAAUAUCCAUGAGAAGGCCUGGAAUGCUUAUCCUUACUGCCGCACAGUUCUUACGAAUGAGUACAUGAAGGAUAAUUUUUUAGUCAUGAUUGAGACGUGGCACAAGCCUGACCUCGGUGAACAGGAAAAUGUUCAUAAGCUUGACCCCGAACAGUGGAAGAAGGUCGAGGUUGUACACAUCGACAUUGCUGAUAGGUCUCAGGUGGACACUAAGGACUACAAACCAGACGAGGAUCCAGCCACAUUUAAAUCACAGAAGACUGGUAGAGGGCCAUUAGGUCCUGACUGGAAGAAAGAACUUCCUCAGAAGACGGACUGUCCUCAUAUGUGUGCCUAUAAACUAGUCACUGUCAAGUUCAAGUGGUUUGGCCUGCAGAAUAAAGUGGAGAGUUUCAUCCACAGGCAAGAGAAGCGUCUGUUCACCAACUUUCACAGGCAGCUCUUCUGCUGGAUAGACCGGUGGAUCAAUCUGACCAUGGAGGACAUCCGCCGCAUGGAGGAGGAGACGCAGAAAGAACUUGAUAACAUGCGAGAGACCGAACCAGCGAAAGGCAUGUCUGCCGCAGACGAAUGAUGCGCUUGUUUAAUGUUAUGUCUCUGCAGUGUGAUGGGAUGCUCUCUUUUCAUGCUCCACUCCACUAGUUUCUCUCUUCUCAACAUCUGCUCGCGUGAGAGUCUAUCCAGAGGUGUUUCUUACACUAAUUAAUAGCAACAUCUUUUUUUUUACAGCCCAUAUUUCUACCCCAUGUCUAUUAACUUUUAUUUUAAAAGUGCCUCCAUACAUUUUUUUGCUUAAUUUGACUGAUAUCAGCACGUGUUUAAAAAAAAACCCUCACUAUCUGUCACCAGCAUGUUUACAUGUUUCUCUAACAGACGGUUCCACCGUUGAUGUAUUUGCUUCAGGUUUCGUUUUGCCUCAUGACAGACCACCAGGAGUUUAUGGUAUUAGUGUUGCAGCUGACCCAUUGUUACUCAUAAGCCACUUACUCAGGACUUUUUGUAGAUUUGAAAGGACUGAAUUCUUAUAAUGUGAUAAUAUCAGGUUUACAGUAAUGGCGUAAAAAUAAAUUCACUUUAGUUCAGUUGAGCUUCCAGCCAGGGUCUAGGGAAAUAUCAUGUCAUGUUGGAUUGGAGAUGUAUUAGCACAUGUUUUGAGAUAUGCAUUGUGCCUCUGUCACACAAGGCUUAAUGAUGAACUGUAUUCAGAUGUUUAAACGGUAUUCUGCUGCUCUGUUCCACUUUCUCCUUAAUACUCUGUGUUUACUGGAUUUGGAUACAAUGUAAUACUGAUUUCAUUAUUGUCUCAUGACCUAAUAAUGAUAUAUUAAAAAGAAUUUAUAUUAUUA